GCCUUCCGAAUGUGAUUUCCUAGUCUGUAUCAUUUAAACGUUUGCACCUUUACUAGUUAUGGAAGAACCUGCAUACGUCUGGAUGAUACAGACUAUUAUGCCCCUCGGAACUCCUCGGUUUGCAAAAAGUAGGUCGUACGGAAAACUGUUGACAUUUACGAGAAAGGAAAAAAUGGAUGAGAACGCUCUUGCAGCAUCUUUAGAACUUUAUAAAACACAAUUAGCACAAGUAGAACAAGCAAUUCAAGCUGCUGGGUCUGAAGACAUUGCCGAUCUCGUACAUCUGAGGGGCGAUUUACAGGAAUUGGUGUGUCUGACAGAGGAGGGAUUGUUAUCACUGAAAAAGAGCAACAUCCUCAAAGGUUUAGAGGAGAAAAGCAAUGAGGAUAAUGAAGAAGACGAUGAAUAUGCUGCCUUCCAGGCUGCCAUUGCAGAAGAGGAUAAUUCUGUUAAAGAACCUGAUGAUAAACAUUCUGAUUUUGAAGCUUCUCUGUAUGAGGGUGUGAUGUGUAGUAAAGGACGUGAUGCUAAGACCUCUGAUUCCUCCUCAAGCACAACAGGAAAAUGUUUUGAAAUGAAAGAGGUUUCAGAGGAGUUGUCGGAAAUAGUGGGAACUCUCUGUCGAGCCCCUUACAUGCAUGAUUGGGGGUCGUCCAGUUACCAUAAUGCCAUGGUUACAGAUGUAAAAAUUUCAGAUGUCGAUAAUGAAAUAAUAGUUUCUGUAUUAUUUUGUAACCCCACUCAUGUAGGAAUGCUUCCAUGUGAAUAUCAUAUAGAAGGAAAAUGUAAAUUCACCUCAGAUCAAUGUCGAAACUCCCACGGACAUUCAGUCAAGCUUGAUGAUCUAGGGGAAUACUGUGAACCAAACUAUAACUCACUGAAGAUGGAGUCCCCGUGCUUGGCUCUCUACACAGACGGACUUUGGUAUAGGGCUGUCAUUGUGGAUGUCCUGGAGGAAGAUCACCAAUAUACAGUGUCUUACGAUAAUUACAACGAAACUGCCACGCUGGACUUAAAGGACAUUCUACCACUUCACUCCACUGGCUCCGAUUCUAGUGACGAAGGGGAGGUAAACGAUGAUAAGGAGUCCGUGUUAGAAAAAGACGAUUCCGAUGAUACAUCAUCUACGGAGGAAGAAAUGAUACCCAGGUACUUCAUGAGACCAAACCAAACAACUGAAAAACUCGGAGAAUGGGAGGAACAUACAAGAGGAAUUGCCUCAAAACUGAUGGCAAAGAUGGGGUACAUUGUGGGUCAAGGACUUGGUAAACUAAGUCAAGGUCGUUCAGAGCCUGUCCCCAUUCAGCUUAUUCCUCAGGGAAAGUCCCUAGAUAAAAUUAUGGAGUUAAAGGAGAAAGCAGGCGAUCAAGAUAUGUUUAAUGUCUCAAAGAAAAUGAAGAAGAGAAAACACGGCAAGACGACUAAGAAAACAGGCUCAGAAAAUGUGACAUCUACCAGUGAUGUGUUCCAUUUCAUAAAUAAAAAGUUAGGUGGUAAAAAAGGAAACAUCAAAGAGCUUAUACAUCAUCACAAUCACAAAGCGAAGAAUGCUCCAAUCAGGAUACUUGAAAAAGAACUUUCUGAUCGCAGUGAUAGGAACUUAAACAUUCAGUUGCUUAAAACAGAGGAAGAAGUCAGGAGCACGGAGAAGGAGAUUUCUCGACUUAAACAAGCUUUACAGAGACAUGAGAAGAAGGAUGAAGGGAUGGCGAAACAGUACCGAGCCAAACUCGCUAAAACUGAGCUCUACCUAAAGGAACUCAAAACAUCGGAAAAAACUAUACAGAAUCAUAAAACUAAGAGAGGAAACCACAAAAAAUUAACUGUUUUCUAGAGACACCUAUUUUUAAAAAUAUAAAAACAUUUGUUGGAGAAUAAAAUGUGAUGGUUGUAUUUUAUAUUAAAUCAAUUUUAUUAAACUAUUACAUGU